AUGGCAGCUCACCGAGAUCUUCUCUAUGUGGCCUCGAGGGUCCGCUCUCCCCCUAAAAUCUCAGUUGAUGGCUUCCACGCCUGGUACGACAGCGUCCAUGUCCCUGACGUGCUGAAGACAUCGGCUGUCAGCACUGCGUACCGCUACAAUGCCGCUACGGACACUACGCCAUGGCCGUUCCUUGCAAUAUACCCCGUCCACUAUCUGCCUCAGUUCGUCAAGGGGGAUUAUGCAAGCAUUCCAAGCACCAGCGAUCUCUUGCCGGGACCCACGCACAGUUGCUUUGAUGCUGCGCAAUUCGACAUCCGGGGAUAUCUCCCGGUCGCGAGUGGGAGCGAAUCUGAUAUCCUGGCUGAUGCAGCCUGCGACCUCCUGAGUGUGGAAUUUAAUCCGCCAUCCGACGUCGACGAGUCCGACUCUGGGGCCAUUUGGAAUUGGUUUACCAAGAAAUUCGCCUCUCUGCGCUUGCAGCGAGUUGGUAUAUACAAGUUCUGGCAGGUUCUAUACCAGGACGAAAAGCUGGACACUCUACCGACAUAUCUGGCUCUGGCUCAAAUAAAUGCGAGCGAUGAAGAUUACAAGAAAGCCAUAGAGCAGAUACGGUCGGCUAUUCCAACUGCCCAGUGGAAAUUGAGAAGGGCCUUUGGCUAG